AUGGAUUUGUGGGAAAAAGACUAUGAAAAGGCCUUACAAACAGGGAAAGAAAUUAAAAAGAUAUUAAAAAAAAAUGAAAAGGAGAAAAAAAAGGCUAAAAAUAGGGCAAUAUUAAGGGGUAAGAUAACAGAAUUUAAUCAAAAUAUCAGAUUUUUACAACAUCAGUUAAAUAAUGAUUACAUAAAGAAUGAUAAGCUUUAUAGUAAGAAUGAAUCCAAGUACCAGAAUAAAGUGUCCACAUUAGAAAAAAUGAAAAAAGAAAUAAUGAAUUUAUAUGAAGAUUAUGCUUCAACCAAUGAAGAGGAAGCUUCUUUUAACAUAAAUAUGAAUUUUUUAAACGAUUUUGACAAUGAAAACAAAUCAUACUUAAAUGAUUUAAACAAGGAAGAGUUAUUACUGAAACAGCAAAAUUUGAUGAAGUUGCAAGACGAGCAACUGAACUUUCUUGAAGGCACGACACACAACCUAAAAAAUAUCAGCUAUAAUAUAAACAAUGAAUUACAGGUACAUAAUGAACUAUUAGAUGACAUAGAUAGGGAAGUAGAUGAAACUAAUAAUUUACUGAAUAGGAAUAGGAAUAUUUUCGAAAGAGUUACAAGUAACACAAGUAAUUUUUUCCUGUAUGUAAUAAUUUCCGUAUUAACUGUGUCUCUCUUUCUUCUUAUAAUAAUUCUUUAA